UACACACUAAGCGGUUUAACACGCUCUGCUAAGCUAGCUACAGUAUGAUUUGCGGUUGCUUCACCCAAAGCUUUUCUUGUAGUAUCUUUUGUUCAAGUUAGUUGCCCAAGAAAAGCGAGAAAUGGCCAACGGACAAGUUAUUUCUGAGGAGAGUUCUUUCAAAAAUGCGGAUGGACAGAAAAUUUUCGCAAAAUAUUGGAAAACAAGUGAGAAGAAACCAAGGGCACUGAUUUUCAUCUGUCACGGUGUUGGAGAGCACUGCUCGCGUUAUGAAAGACUGGGAAAAGCUUUGGCAGAGCGAGGCUAUGUGGCUUUCACUCACGAUCAUGUUGGUCAUGGCCAUAGUGAUGGAGAAAGAGUCCAAAUCUCUAAUUUUAACUGCUAUAUCAGAGAUGUCUUUCAACACAUUGAUCAAGUUACAGCAACCCACUCUGGAAUACCUGUGUUUAUUUUUGGACACUCUAUGGGAGGAACGAUAGCCAUUCAGUCUGUUUUAGACAGACCUGAUUUCUUUACAGGUGCAAUUUUCAGUGCACCAAGUGUAAAGGCAGAUCCAGCUGUGGCAACUGCUUGUUUGGUUUUCUUGGGGAAAAUAGCAGCAUGGAUUGCACCAGCCUUUCAGGUUAUCCCACCAAUUGAUCCCUCAGUAUUAAGUCGUGAUCCUAAAGAGGCUAAAAAAUAUGCAGAUGACCCACUUAACUGGCAUGGUGGAUUAAAAGCGAGAUGGACCAAUGCCAUUCUAAAUACCAUGGAAGACAUUCAGAAAAAUAUAUCUGCCCUUAAGACACCAUUUUUUGUUGCCCAUGGUGAUGACGAUCAACUUGUAAAGAUUGACAGCUCAAUCUUCCUAAACGAGAAUUCUCCAAGUAAAGACAAGACAUUCAAGGUAUACAAAGAUUGCCGUCAUGAGAUUUUGAAUGAACUGGAAGAAAGUGCAGCCACGUUCCUGAAAGACGUUCUAGAGUGGAUUGAACAAAGAUUACCUGUAGUUUUGCAGAUUUAAUGUUUCAAUUUGAUAUCAUAUCAAUAAACACCAAGCAAUAUUUUUAAUAA